GGAUAUAGUGAAUGCAGGGUCCGGGGAGAGCGGAUAUAGUGAAUGCAGGGUCCGGGGAGACCAGAUAUAGAGAAUGCAGGGUCCGGGGAGACCAGAUAUAGUGAAUGCAGGGUUCGGGGAGAGCAGAUAUAGUGAAUGCAGGGUCCGGGGAGACCGGAUAUAGUGAAUGCAGGGUCCGGGGAGACCAGAUAUAGUGAAUGCAGGGGUCCGGGGAGAGCGGAUAUAGUGAAUGCAGGGUCCGGGGAGACCAGAUAUAGUGAAUGCAGGGUCCGGGGAGAGCGGAUAUAGUGAAUUCUGGGUCCGGGGAGAGCGGAUAUAGUGAAUGCCGGGUCCGGGGAGACCAGAUAUAGUGAAUUCUGGGUCCGG